AAUUCCUGCGAAAUGUCCUGCGAGGAGGAGGACUGGCCGCACGUGAUGCGCGGCAUAGAUUAUUACGGCGUGCUCUCGUUGAAAAAGAAUUCCGACGAUUUGGAGAUCAGGCAGGCAUUUCGCCGGUUGGCUAUACGGUACAACCCUAAAGGAACGAAGGAUGAAAGCUUCGCGACGAUUUUCGCCUUAGUAGCCGAAGCGUACGACGUGCUCUCGGAUCCCCUUAGGAGGGCCAUAUACGAUCAAUUCGGGGAGGAAGGCCUUAAAAAUGGCGUGCCGAAUGCAGGAGGAUUCAUUGAACCCUACGUUUAUCACGGGGAACCGAUGAGGACUUACAGGGAAUUCUUCGGAACCGACAGUCCUUAUGCUGAUCUGCUCCAUGUACUAACGCAGCCUUCGACUUUGCUGGAAUUUCCCGAGGGACGCGGUUUGAAGCGCAAGGAAGAGCCCCUGAUAAAAACCUUGUACCUAACCCUAUUCGAGGUCUUCCGCGGAGGAAUCAAGAAAAUGAAGAUACAGAGAUUGGUCUUGGUGGAGGACGAUAAAUCCAGGACAGUGACGAAAGAGAAGAUCCUAACGAUACCUAUUAAACCGGGUAUUCUCCGAGGAACGAGGAUCGUUUUCCCGAAAGAGGGCGACCAGGGACCCACCAAGAUUCCCGCGGAUGUAAUCUUCAUCACGGAGGACCGGCCCCACGAGACCUUCCGAAGAGAGGGCUCCGACUUGUACAUGACGGUCGAUAUCUUUCUGCGAGAGGCACUGACCGGAACAGUGGUCACCGUCAACACCCUCGACGACAGAACCUUCCGAAUCCCAAUAACGUCUGUCAUCACGCCGGAGUACCGGAAGACCAUAGCCGGCGAAGGACUUCCGUUGCCAGAAAGCCCCAACAAAAGAGGAAGUCUUGUCAUAAUGUUCAAAAUCGAAUUUCCGGUUUACCUGCCGGUGUCUAAUAAGGACCUUAUUAAACGAGCCCUCGAUGUAACUGGUAACACCAAAGACACCGAGUACAUACACCAUUUCCUAUUGGCAAGCAAAAUGGGGAAGAACGUUGACUUCGCUGUUCCGGUGCGAAGAAACCCUAACGACCACGAAGCAAAGCAAUUAGACUAUAUCUGUCUUGAAUAA